AGUAAACUUCUGGUCUAAUAUGAAAGUGUGGAGAGAUAAUCUCAAUAUAAAUAAAUAAAGAGGCACAGAGAGAGAGACAGAGGGAGAAAGAGAGAGAUUCUGGUUGAGAAUACAUGAUGGAGAUUGUGUAUGUAUACACUAAGAAACGCAGUGAGUUUGGUCGCCAGUGUAACUUCUCGGACCGGCCAGCUGAGCUGCAUUUGGACAUUCUGCCUGACCCGUCUCUUGCUGCUGACUUUAUAGCCAGAGAUCCGUGUGAUGUUGCCAUACAGUGCACACAGGAAAUGUCUGAGCAUGAGGUGAACACAGAGCGCUUUGAGUCUGAGACACGUGGCAUAAACCAUGUGGAGGGGGGUUGGCCAAAAGAUGUCAAUCCGCAAGAAAUGGAACAGACCAUUCGGUACAGGAAGAAAGUGGAGAAGGAUGAGAACUAUGUGAACACCAUCAUGCAGCUUGGGAGUCAAAUGGAGAACUGUAUCAGACAGAACAAUGCCAUUGAUAUCUAUCAGGAGUACUUUGAAGAAGAGGAGGUUGUGGAGGAGAUGGAGGAACAGCCUUCGGCCAAAACCAUCAACGUGUUCAGGGACCCAAAUGAGGUGAAGCGCACUGCCACCAGUCUGUCAUGGCACCCUGAUGGUGGCCGCAAGUUGGCUGUGGCUUAUUCCUCUUUAGAGUUUCAGAAAUUUAGCAAAAACAUGUGUUACGACUCCUAUAUUUGGGACAUUGAGAACCCGAAUAAACCAGAGCUGACCCUGAAACCUGUCUCUCCACUCGUCUGUCUGGAGUAUAACCCUAAAGACUCGCACAUCCUAGUUGGGGGAAGCUACAAUGGGCAAAUUGCAUACUGGGACACACGUAAAGGCAGCCAGCCGGUUGAGAUGUCUGCCAUCGAGCACAGCCACAGAGACCCAGUCUAUAAGGUCAUCUGGCUGCAGUCAAAGACAGGCACAGACUUCUUCUCUGCUUCCACUGAUGGUCAGGUGCUGUGGUGGGACAUUCGGAAGAUGAGUGAGCCAACAGAUAGGCUGGUUCUGGACCCCAGCAAGAAGGGGAAGCUGGAAAACGCACUGGGUGCCAUAUCACUGGAGUUUGAAACCACCAUGCCAACAAAGUUCAUGGUUGGGACGGAACAGGGGCUAGUGGUCUCGUGCAACCGGAAAGCCAAAACCCCAACAGAGAAGAUUGUAAGCACAUACAGUGGCCAUCAUGGACCUAUAUACGCUCUGCAGAGAAACCCGUUCUUUCCUAAAAACUUCCUAACUGUGGCUGACUGGACCGCCCGUAUCUGGUCUGAGGACAUUAGAGAAUCCUCCAUCAUGUGGACAAAAUAUCACAUGGUCUAUCUGUCAGAUGGAUGCUGGAGCCCUGUUAGACCUUCAGUCUUCUUCACAGUGAAAAUGGAUGGUACUUUAGAUGUAUGGGACUUCCUGUUCAAGCAGAAUGACCCAACGCUCACUCUUAAAGUGUGUGAUGAGGCUCUCUACAGCAUGCGGGUGCAAGAUAAUGGCCGUUUUCUGGCAUGUGGCUCACAGCUGGGCACUGCCACUCUGCUCGAGAUCACAUCAGGCCUGUGCACACUGCAGAAAAAUGAGAAAGCGCUGACCACAGCGAUGUUUGAACGGGAGACGAAGCGGGAGAAGAUUCUGGAGGCUCGACACAGAGAGAUGCGUCUGAAAGAGCGCAGUCGCUCAGAGCAGAGCAAGCAUGAAGAAAGCAAAGACGGGGAGGGAGAGGAAAGUGCAGAGGACCUGGUGAUCCGUGCAGAGAAAGAGUUCUAUGAGAUGGUGGAGGCAGAAAUGAAGAAAAGGGGAAAAGAGGAUAAAUCUGAGAAGGAUAAAAACAAGGAAAUCACUGAAGAGGAAAUAUGAGAAGAAAAGGCAUCACAAUUUCACUUCCUUUCCAUCAAAACACAGUCAUAACAGUGAAGAGGAAAGUACUGUAUCACCAGCAGUAAUCUCACGCCUCAUCUCUUACUUCAAUCAAUGCUGUAAUUGCACGCC